CUGGAGGGAGGGCUUGGCAGUCAGUCCCGGCCCCAGAACCGGCUUUCCCAGGACCCGGGCGGGACACAGCCUGUGGUGACCCGUGACGAGGAAGAGCGACGAGAUGAUCCGCCAGAAGUCUAGCCAAUUCAUGGGGCUGAAGAUGCAGUCGGAGUUUGAACAGCCCUCCGAACUGCAGCGGGAACUCGAGAAGGACCUCAGCUCUAUGGAGGAGUCCGUCACGCGGAUAGCAACAGGUGUGCGGACCGAGUCCGGGACCGCGGCCGGCACCGCGGCCUCGGUAGCAGCGGAUGAAGAUCCUGCAGCCAACUUGUUCCCGCCGCCGUUGCCCCAGCCCCGGAUCUGCAUGUGGAAGUAUUUGGACAUCCACUCCAUGCACAGGCUGGAGAAGACAGCCAACACUGAGGAGAUGAGGGAGGUGCUAGCUGAGCUCUUGGGGCUAGGCUAUCCUGAGCAAAGCCUGCGGGAUGCCAUCACCCUGGACCUCUUCUCCCAUGCACUCAUCUUCUGCCGCCAGCAGGGCUUCUCACUGGAACAGACAUCGACAGCUUGUGCUCUGCUCCAAGAUCUUCAUAAGGCCUGUGUUGCAACCCCACUGGGCAACGUGGAGGAAUGUUACCACUACUUCACCAGUGUCCUUUUUUGCCAUGGAGUCAGGCGGCCCCCCUUCAGUAUCAACCUCUUUAGGGAGGAACAGCUGCUGGCCCUGGCAGACUAUGUAGUCAACACCUACUUCCGCCACUUCAAACUCUACAAAUAUGUCUUCACGCCCCAGGUGCGGCUGGAUCUGUCUUUGACUUACAUGGGGCUACAGCCACCCACGCUCUGGCCAGAGGAAGAGAAGGAGAAAGGCGGUGAGGAGGUGGAGGAGCAGGAAGCCACCCCACAGGAGGAGGCAGAAACCAUGGUCCAGCCAGAGCCAGAGCCAAGCCAGGUCUCCAUCCUACGAGCCUACAUCAAGACCCAGAUGAACAAGGAGUUGAGGCAGCUCCAACAGCUGAUGGAGGAGCGGCUCCAGGCCAGCGAAGAGAGGCUCAACAACAAGCUGACCACACUAGAGCAGCCCUUCCAGCUACCUCCUGGCAAAGGCAAGACCAAGACCAAGUGA